GGCUAAAUAGUCGCUAUCCUCCUACUGCUCUCUUGUUUUCAGCGAUGUAGAGAAAAGAGGCUGAGCUACUCUUAAAUAAAACAGCAGGACCCAUGACCCUGACACGAGGAUCCUUUACUUACUCCAACGGCGAGGAGUACCACGGGGAAUGGAAAGAAGGUCUUCGUCAUGGCCUGGGUCAGUUGACCUUCAGCGAUGGGACGUGCUACACUGGACAGUUUGAAAAUGGCCUCUUCAAUGGUUGUGGGGUGCUGGUCUUUCCUGACGGCUCCAGGUAUGAAGGAGAAUUUGUGCAGGGGAAGUUUCAAGGUGUCGGCGUCUUCACUCGCUUUGAUGGCAUGAAGUUUGAGGGCGAAUUUAAAAGUGGCUGUGUGGAUGGCUAUGGAGUGCUGGCGUUUGUGGACGGAGGCCCCGGAGGAGGAGGAGGCACCCACGAGGGUCUGUUUGAGACCAGCCAGCUGAUGAAGAGAGAGAACAGCCAGGGAGCUGUGCAGCGGGCGCAGGCGGCAGCUGCCAAGGCCCGAGCUCUGGCCAUGUGACGUGGACUACAUCACCCACAGUGCCCCAGUACCAGAAUCAUCCUCCCAACACUACCCCCUUGGUUUGAGGUGUUUAAUUUUUCCUUUAAUUUUAUUACUCUUUGGUUCCUUCUCAUCCACUUUUUGUUGGACUGGUAAGUUAGUUUUUAGGAUUUUAUUCUUAUACGUCUGUUCUAUCUCUCAUUCAUGUAACAUGCGGUAUGCGCAGAGAAGAAAUGAAUGGCUCCCUUAAGUUUUGUCAACACAGCCACUGAAUCAGGAUCUGCUGAGCCAAACGCAGAUUUAAUGUUCAGUUCACACACUGGUGCUAAAUCUGUUUCAGGGUCAGGUAAUCUGACAAAACACAGAAGUGCAUGUGGACGUUUUCCAGUAAACACUGAUUUGGUGAGUUUCAUGUCAAAAGAAUAUCUGACAUGUGAGUUUAAAGUGACCUAAAUUUAUUUUA